GCUCCUUUUUCUUUUCGCUGAAUGUUCACAGGGGACUACAUCAAGGAGAAGUACGACAGCGCGACGGAGGUGCGGGUGUCCCGGCGCGGGCGGCUGCAGCUGCGCGACCCGCGGUACACGCUGCCCACCGCCUCGGACCUCGUGUACCUGGACGACUCGCCCAACUACUGCGUGCGCGACAUGAGCGUCGGCUCGCUCGGCACCCAGGGCCGCCACUGCAACCGCACCUCGCACGACAUGGACGGCUGCAACCUGCUGUGCUGCGGCCGCGGCUACAACACGCAGAAGAUGACGGUGCGCGAGCGCUGCGACUGCAAGUUCCACUGGUGCUGCUACGUCGAGUGCAAGAUGUGCACGCAGACGGUGGACGUGCACACGUGCAAGUAGAGUAGUGUGGUGUUGGUGGUGCCGCACCGGCUGCUGUCACCAUCAUCAUGCACCACCAUCAUCAUAAUCAUCAUGGUGAUCACCUGCAACCAAGGCCGAUCGAGGCUGUGGUUGCAGAAGCCUGUCACUGGUAAUACAGUCGUCGCCUGCACGAACGAAAUUGGUGGGCGGGCCUCCGCAUAUAUGCCACUAUAGUGGCGGAGUGAAGACUGUGUGCGGUGGGCGAGCACGGAGCGCUGCCGAGCUUCCAAAAUGUGAGCCCUCUGUCGCGUAUGCGCUUACUUCAGCUCUACCCUAUGUAUCGGCACGCUGCAGCAAAAGAAGAGAAGAAAAGAGCACAACAAAAUGUAAAUUGCAUUGUAAUAAUGCAAAUGUGUUAGCCGUUCCAAGUACAUUGCAGUUUCCUAAUGAAGUUGACUUUAAGAGAACGGUCUUCUCCGGCUGGUCGCGCUGCCGGCAGAGUGAUUCGAUCACACGAAACGACACUUUUACGGCCGAGAGUACUUAAAAAAACAAAUGCAUUUUUGCCUACAUAUUUGCUUGAAGUCACAGUUAAAGCCUUGCAAAGGGCUCGUCGGAAUCCUUUUGCAAUUGCGAAGUAAUGCUUUGUAAAGACAAUGCAAAUGCCUGAAGUGCGUAGGGGUUUAGACGACUGCUUCGCAAGGUUUUAGCUGUGGGCCAAGUUGAUUUAACUGGAGGUGAUGAGCGCUGUGAUGAAAUGGUGCUCGCGUGUGUAAAUACCAAAACGUUGUUGAAAACUGCUGUAAAUGGUAUGCCUUUUAAAUGUAAACAACAUAUCAACUGCCAUUUAAAGUGCCAAAAUUUAACCCGAGUCAGACUAUUUUGACUGUGAGUGUGGGACUUGUUUCGCCUUUUCUUUGAGGAUGCCAAACAAUGUUAUCUCAAUUAAUUUGCUCUCUGGCCUUACCAGACUAUGUGGCUAAGCGACUUACACAUUGUGCCAUAAAAAAAGUAUCAGACUUGUAGCAUGUCAUUUGUAUCUUUUGUAGAUUUUUAUCAACUCUCUUUGUUAAUGUUCAUUCCUGUGUGUACGCCUAAACCCACAAGUAUUGUUGUCACACAAAAUGACAUUCCCUUUCGAAAUUUUAGCGCCUAGAUCUGCGUAGUCCGACGUAGCCUAUUCCUGCGUAAGUUGCCGCGUGGGACGCGUACUUACUUAUGUCAAGUGCUGUACCCACUUACAUUAACGCUGUGUUUUUGGUGCACCGGGCGGACCUCCCUGUUGCGGGUUUGCCUAUUUGUUUCGACCGUAAGUGACCAUCACACCGUAUAGUCAUUGGCCCCAUACGGCCAGAGCAAGUGGGCAAACCCAUGGUCUGUGCACCCUCCACUCACACCGCACUGAUAGUGCAACAUUUUUACUGCUUUGUAAUAAAUGUCGUGGAUUGUGGCCAUAGCGAUUAGGACUGCAAAGCCGGCGACGGGACGCUUAACCCUGAUGCUGCGAUGUCUUGGGGAAGUCCAGUGAGGCCGCAUCCUUUUAGUCGCCCUUAUCCGCCGUGGCCAUCUUCGGGUGACAAAAAAACCGUUCUUUUACUUGUACAGAUCUCUUUCUUGUUAUGCCUUCCUAUAGUCUCUGUAGCUACAACCAUUAUUUAUUGUAUGGAAAUAUAGACGACUUGUACAGUAGUGCUUUUUGUGUAUACCGUUAAAUAGUUAAAACUUUUAUUUAAUAAAAUGUGUAUAAAUAUGCCAA